CGCUAUAGAAAACAUGCCGAUUUUCACGUACUCACAUUUUCAUUCAUCAUUCCCGUAGUUCAUUGAUGAUUUCCGUGUAUAGUCACUAUAGUCUUGUUUUAUUAUGAUAGGUUAAUCGUGCCGGUACUGUUUACAUAUCAAUCUAAAAGUUAUUGGAGUAAAUAUCCGAAAUGUUCUUUCGAACCAUACGUUUCAAUGUUACUAGUUGGGUUGCCGGUAGUCGUAGGAGAAAGUUAAUUGGGGUAAUUGGAACUGCAGUGGCAGGUGGCGCAAUCGCCACAUACUUUCAAAAAAAUGAAGCAAAUAUGGCAGCAAAAAUAUCUGUAAAUAAAUUUAUGGCCGAACCGAUAACUUCAACCAAAACAUUAGCUGCUAAUUCCAACGACAUGAAGACUAAAAUGGAGCUACUGAUUAUGAAGAUUCAGGCAGACUUCUGUCGUGCGCUAGAAAAUGAAGAAAACUUCGGUAAAAAGUUUACCGUAGAUCGCUGGGAACGUAAUGAGGGGGGUGGCGGAAUCACUUGUGUUCUUCAGGAUGGCGAUGUAUUUGAGAAAGCUGGUGUAAACAUUUCUGUAGUGCACGGAAUGUUACCAAAAGGGGCAAUCCAACAAAUGAAAUCACGAGGAAAGGAGCUGGCUGACGGAGACUUACCAUUCUUUGCAACAGGAGUGAGUGCAGUGAUUCAUCCCAGGAAUCCAAUGGUGCCAACUAUUCACUUCAACUACCGUUACUUCGAGGUUACGGAUUCCAAAGGUUACAAACAAUGGUGGUUUGGAGGAGGAACGGACCUUACACCUUAUUACCUAAAUGAAGAGGAUGCCAUUCAUUUCCAUCGAGCUUUGAAAGAAGCCUGCGAUGAACAUGAUAGAAAUUACUAUCCCAAAUUUAAGGAGUGGUGCGACAAAUAUUUCUACAUUCCUCACAGAAAUGAGUGUCGUGGAGUUGGUGGUAUCUUUUUCGAUGAUCUUGACACACCUGACGAAGAUAGUGCCUUCGAAUUCGUUUCAAGUUGUGCCCAUUCAGUGAUACCAUCUUACCUUCCGUUGGUCAGAAAGCACAAAAACGAAACCUACGGAGAUCGCGAGAGGCAGUGGCAGCUACUGCGACGAGGACGUUAUGUGGAAUUCAAUCUAAUUUACGACCGUGGAACAAAGUUUGGUUUGUACACACCAGGAGCUCGGUAUGAGAGUAUACUAAUGUCACUACCUCUGACAGCAAAAUGGGAAUACAUGAACCAGCCAGAUCCUGAGAGCAAGGAAGGUAAAAUAAUUGAUGUAUUGAAAAACCCAAGAAAGUGGUUAUAAGCUCUACAAUAACAGCAAAACUUUUAUUACUUGUUUUUGUUUCUUUUUAUGGAUAAAUAAAUCAAUUUAUUGGAGAAGGUU